AUGCAAAGCUCAGAGAAUCUGACUUCUAUUGCGGGGAAGUAUAUCUGCGUCAGUCCUCUAGGUACUCUCAGCCUUCCCGAUACCCUAGCUCUGAGGCCCGCAACCACGGCUCUCUCUGUUCCUACCGAUGCGGUUACUACCUCGAACACCGAUUGUGGCCACUGGUAUCAGAUCCAAGCUGGUGAUACCUGUGAGUCCGUGUGCAGCAAAUUCAGCAUCUCGCAAUAUACUUUCGAUUUCUUGAAUCCCCAGGCUGCAUUGAAUAAAACUUUAAGCUGUGGCAGCCUGUGGAAAGGGAACAGCUACUGUGUACAAGCCGUGGGUAACAUCAAUACCUACACCAGCUACAUUUCCAACACCACCAGAACUCGCACCACUCUCGCUAGCACCAUGAAUACCAACGCUACCCGCACAGCUAACCAUAGUACCACACAACUGUUCUGGUCAUUCCCUUCCGACUUAAUCACCACCUCGACCUGGACCCCUGACUCCACAUACCUUGCAUCGCUUGCAUCCUACACGUUCUGCGACCAGGUCAAUUCAGUAUACAAUAUCACCGACACCGAUCUGGCAGACGAGAUGUACGAAGAUCAAGCCUGGAUGAGCGAAUACGAGCGCAUUUGCUAUCUGCCCAUCAAUGGCACCUUCCCGACCGUUGGCUUUAACUUAAGUAUGACGCUAACAGAUGACUUAAGCGUGGGAAGCUCAACGAUGUUUAUCUCUAGCCAAACGGCUAGCCCCCCACUACCAUCUCGGAAGAUGGUCUUUGUGGCGCGUCUAAUGCCGGGCACUUGCUGUAGUAACUACGGCUAUUGUGGGAGCUCGUCAGACUAUUGUUCCAGCGCAAACUGCGAUGCUAAGUAUGGCUCGUGUUCGUGA